GUAACAUUAAUAGCUCCAGGAAACUAUACCGCGAAAUCCAUUUCUUAUCGUUCAAUUCCACAAAUUAUCCUUGAUAAUGAUCCCCUUGGUCUCGACGAUAAAUUUUCAGAAUUUACAAAGUCUGCCUUUGAUGAAAAUUAUGUGAGAACAUAUUCCAUUGCAAGAAAAGUUGCCGUUCAACAUUACGUGCCUAUUUAUAAUCUUUAUGAAAAAAUUGCCAAAGAGAUCAACGUCGAUUUAUUUUUUUGUGAUUAUUUAAUGAAUCAUCCGUGUUUUGAUCUCGCUUGGAAAUUGGGAAAACCCGCUGUUGGAAGUUCUACUGAUCAUUCUUAUUUACCUCAACCACCAUAUACAGCGGAUCUUAUAUUCGGUUUCGGUUGUCAUGCGAAUAUGGAAAAUGAACCCUUCUAUAACAGAUUUGGAUGUGCAAUCAUAGUACCUUUAAUAAAGGCCUGGAAAAUAAAGGAUCAUAUAAAGGAUAUUAAUGCUCAAAGAGCACUUGUAGGUGUAGAUCCAUAUUGGGAUGAAAGAGGACGUGUAUUAAGUUUGUUAAUGUUGGCCAAUACUUUCUUUGGAUAUGAGAUACCAAGAGCUGACACACCGCUUCGUCAAGAAAUUGGUCCUGUUCUACCUGACGUCUUUCCGGGUUUAACACCAGAAUACGAGUCAUUUCUUGCUACUCAUCCUCGAACAUUGUUCUUUGCACUUGGGACUAAUGUAAUAAUAUCUCCUCAAAAUGUUAUUACCCUUUUAAAAUCUUUUCUUGAAUUAAUUAAACAAGAUGUUAUUGAUGGUGUGGUAUGGUCUACUGGAAAAACGGAUGUCUCGGAUUCUUUUCAAUUAGCUAAUUCUAGCUCCCUGAUAUUUGAUACAUUAAAUAAUGAACAUCCUCACAUUCAUAUCAGUAAAUUUUCUCCUCAAUUCGCUAUAUUAUCUCAUGAAAAUACUAAAGUAUUUUUAAGUCAUGGUGGUGCGGCUAGUAAUUAUGAAGCUAUGUAUACUGCAACUCCAAUUCUCGUACUUCCUAUAAUGGGUGAUCAACCUAGAAAUGCUGAAAAGUUAGAAUUGGCUG